GUUGCCAGCGGAAAAGCAGCAGCCUGCAUCAGCGGUGCCGAAUGGAGUAACCACAUAGAUAUUAUUCCAGACAGAACAUCUGUUAUUAUUUAGAAGCAUUGUUUCACAGCUCCCUAACAGCGAAAACAUGGCUGACGACCAGUCCUCUCAAUCCUGGUCAAUCGACAGGGAUGACUACGAACUCAAUGAGGUGAUAGGGAGUGGAGCUACUGCAGUUGUCCAGGCAGCAUACUGCAAGCCCAGGAAGGAGAAGGUGGCCAUCAAACGCAUCAACCUGGAGAAAUGUCAAACUAGCAUGGAUGAGCUCCUGAAAGAGAUUCAGGCCAUGAGCCAGUGCCACCAUCCGAACAUUGUGUCUUACUAUACCUCCUUUGUGGUGAAGGAUGAGCUGUGGCUGGUGAUGAAGCUGCUUGGUGGAGGCUCAGUUUUGGACAUUAUCAAACAUAUCAUCUCCCGUGGCGAGCACAAGACUGGCGUGCUGGAUGAGGCCAGCAUUGCCACCAUGCUCAAAGAGGUGUUGGAGGGGUUGGAGUACCUUCACAAAAACGGGCAGAUUCAUAGGGAUCUAAAAGCUGGAAAUAUCCUUCUUGGAGAAGAUGGCUCAGUGCAAAUUGCUGACUUUGGUGUGAGUGCCUUUCUAGCAGCUGGAGGGGACAUGACAAGGACCAAGGUUCGAAAGACGUUUGUUGGAACGCCAUGCUGGAUGGCUCCUGAGGUCAUGGAACAGGUUCGUGGCUACGACUUCAAAGCUGACAUCUGGAGUUUUGGGAUAACAGCGAUUGAAUUGGCCACUGGAGCUGCACCAUAUCACAAGUACCCACCUAUGAAGGUGCUGAUGCUGACCUUGCAGAAUGACCCACCUUGCCUGGAGACUGGCAUCACAGACAAGGAGAUGGUGAAGAAGUACGGCAAGUCGUUCAGGAAGAUGCUCUCCUUGUGUUUACAGAAAGAUCCAGAAAAAAGGCCGACUGCUGCUGAGCUGCUGAAGCAUAAAUUCUUCACGAAAGCCAAAAACAACGAGUAUUUGCAGGAGAGACUCCUAACCAAAGGUCCAACAAUGACAGAGCGAUCCAAAAAGGUGCGCCGUGUGCCUGGCUCAAGCGGGCGUCUCCACAAGACGGAGGACGGCGGUUGGGAGUGGAGCGACGAUGAGUUGGACGAGGAGAGUGAGGAGGGUAAAGCUGCUGUGGCAGCUCUGCGGUCCCCCAGAGUGAAGGACGGGUCCCAGAAUAUGGAGCUUUUCCCAGCAGCUGACAGCGCCUCAGGAAGUCUGCAGCCGCCUGGUAUGGCACAUGAGAGCCCUGCCAGCGCUGGCCAAACAGGAGAGGAGGCCGUACCACAGGCUCCUGCUCAGACAGGGAGCCCUUCACAUGCACCCACUGCUCAGGAUCCGGCUGCAGCCAACGCCAGUAUUCCCAUCAGCCUUGUUCUGAGACUGAGGAAUCCCAAGAAGGAGCUCAAUGAUAUCCGAUUUGAGUUCAUGUCUGGCAGAGAUUCUGCUGAUGGGGUUUCUCAGGAGCUGGUCUCAGCCGGUCUGGUUGACGGGAGGGACUUAGUCAUCGUUGCUGCCAAUUUGCAAAAGAUUGUUGACGAUCCUCACAAUAAUAAAAAUGUGACUUUUAAAUUGGCGUCUGGCGUGGAGGAGUCUGAAAUUCCUGAUGACGUUAAGCUCAUUGGAUUUGCGCAGCUCAGCAUCAGUUAAGUCAAGCAGAGCCAGAAACAAAGGACAGAAACAUAUGGUAUUGCACAGCUGCAUUGUAGUCAAUUCCAAGAAACCACUACUGCCAAAGACGGGAGGAAGAAGAAGACGACGACGAUGAGGAGGAGAUGUGGAGCUGGCAGGAGUGUGACACUACUGCAGGAUGCAUGAGGACCACUUAGAGAAGGGGCUCAGUUCAUCACAGGAAUCACACUUGAAAAGUUUACAGUGCGCUUAUACAGUAAAUGGGAGAAGAGAUGCAAUCAACUAUAUCAACUCCUAAUUUCUUUUAUUUUCUUCAUUCAUAAGCACAAUCCAAACCAUCUCCUGCCAGUACUGGAAGUAAUUGCCUUUUUUUUCUUUUUAAUUCAACUGUGCCACAAAACUUCAGCAUGUCGUGCCACUUUUAUACGGCACUUUAUGCUACACUGAAAUUAAAAAGUGUAAAUUCAGCCUUAGGUAGUCAAUUAUAGUUUUUUGGGGGUUUUUUUGUUUUGUUUUUUUCCCAGGAAACAAAAUUGAGUCUAUUUAGGAGCAUUUUAUGUACACUCAUCCCAGAAGAUCUAAGAAAACACCCCUAACAAUAAACAAAGACCUUAGAAACACUGUAGCAUAGAUUUACUUUUAUAACUCUGUAAAUUCAGAUGGAUUUUUACUCUAAAAGUUAACGAAAUGACCAGAUUUCUAUACAAAGCAGCCAAGACUUGUGCUGUGGUGAUUUUGUCCAAUCACAACCAAAGAGUUAAGGCUCUGAUUGCACGGCUGAAAUAAUUCACAAAUCCACAGUAACAGCU